CUUCCUGAGAUAUUCGUCAGACGACAACAGCGACGCACAAUGGCAAGGAAUGAGCCAAGACUUCAUCGAAUUGAGCCACAGCUUGGUCUUCUGAAUGCCAUAUCAAUAACUAUAUGCACAAUAAUCGGAUCUGGGAUAUUCAUAUCUCCUAAAGGUGUAUAUCAAAAUGUCGGGUCAGUUGGAAUAUCAUUCUUUGUAUGGAUAAUAUGUGGAAUAACGGCCCUUUUCACAGAUUUGUGUUGGGUCGAGCUUGCAUUAGCGAUGCCUAAGUUCGGUGGUGAGUAUCUGUAUCUUCAAAAAAUUUACGGUAACUUCCCGGCGUUCGUUUUUCAAUGGCUUUCGUUCCUCGUACUGUUUCCGGCAGGCGUUGCUGUUGUCGCGCUAACGUUUUCAGAAUACGUUUUGGCUCCUUUUCUUCAAAACUGUAAUGUUCCAACAGCUUGUCUCAACUUAAUAUCCCUUAUCAUGAUCACGUUUUGUGCGUACAUCAACGCUGUCAGUGUCCGUGCUGCAAAAGCUGUUGUCAACUUCCUAAUGAUGGCAAAAUUCUUUGCGCUGGGUGUUAUCAUAUUUGCUGGUGCUGUGUUUAUGUUGACCAAUGGAGACAAAGUUGUUAGCUUUGACAAUUCUUUCAGUAACAUUAAGUGGGGUAACCUUGGCUUAGCCUACUAUGCUGCUAGUUGGUCUUUUUCAGGAGGAGAUUCCAUAAUGUCGGCGACAGAAGAGUUUGUAAAUCCCAAAAGAUCGUUUCCUAGAGCAAUUUAUAUUUCGACUACAAUCGUCAUCUGCCUUUACCUUCUUGUAAACUUUGCAUACUUUGCUGUACUUACUCCAGACGAAAUUCUGCUUUCAAAUGCCGUUGCUGUGACUUUCGCUGAGAAAACACUUGGUCAGUUUCGUUGGUUGAUACCUGUAUUUGUUGCGCUUUCAACGACUUUAAUGAACUCAUUCCUAGCACAACCAAGGGCUUAUUAUGCAACAGCACGAGACGGCAUGUUUCCAGGAAUAAUGGCUUUGGUUAGUGUAAAAUACAGGACUCCAGUUGGAUCUAUCAUUGUAACUUGUUUCGUUUCAGUAAUAUACGUGUUCGUUAAUGACAUUUGGACAUUACUUAACUAUUUUGGGUUUGUUGGUGCCUGCUGUGAUGCGUUAGCUCUUUCGACAUUGUUUGUUAUGAGAUGGUGUAGGCCCGAUAUUCACAAACCAUUCAUGGUUCCUAUCAUAUUUCCACUAAUCGCAAUAGCUAUCUCAUUUGGUGCUGUCGUUUUGGCCACAGUAUCCUCACCAAUUGAUGCAUUGGUUGGCCUCGCGCUUACUCUCAGUGUCGUCCCAGCAUAUCUAAUUGGAGUGUAUCCAAAAACUAAGGUAGCAGUAGCUGGAAAGAUAUCAGGAAACCUUACUCGAUUCGUUCAAAUGUUGACUGUGUCGUCACCAGAGGAUAAAGUUGACCUACAGUAACUUCCGAUUAUUCAAAUUUGCAGGAAAUUACUGCGUAUAUGAGUUUCAUUUUUUUAAAUAAUAAAACUAUUGCAUUAGUUUGACAUUUUCAUGUUAUUUCAAUGGUUGUUAUGGCAAUAAAUAAAAUGAUAUAAUAUGAUAAUAUAAAAAUAA